AAUAAACAAUGGACAAUUUAAACCAUUGGCAACAUCAAAAGUUAAUAUAUGUACAAUCUUCAAUCAAGUAUUUCUUAUUAAAACCUCUAACCAAAGAAAAAGCCUUGUUGAACAUUCAAUGGCUUGUGUUUACGCUUCUCAUGCAUACAUAUCAAUCCAUAUAGUAACCUUUCUUCUCCUCUCGCGGUGGCCAUCUACCAAUGCAAAGUCCAACAUUGCUAGCCAUCUAUCAACAAAACCAAAGACAUGUCCAUAUCCGUCAUUGCUGAUAUCAAAGGCUUGUAAAGGCACCGCGUCAUUCUCGUCCCUAGAAGAAGCAUGUAUCGAAUCCCUAACGUUAGAUCACCGCACAAACUCCGCAUCGACUGCAUUGGAGUUGGCUAAGGCCGCGCUUUCUCUAGCCAUGGAAAAGGCAGAGCAUACGCAGUUUCUCAUCGGUUCUCCGAAGAAGCCAUGUUUCAAGAGUUGUAUGGAGAACUAUAAGGAUUCUGUAGUCGAGGGGCUAAUGAAGGCAGAGUGGUCGAUAGGAAAAGGUGAUGUCGAUGAGACCGAUGACCAACUUAGUCUUGCACGUGAUGCUGCUGACUACUGCAAUAUGAUUUUGUCUGUUGAUCCAGAUGAUACAAGAUCCCUAGUUUUUGCGGCCAACAUGGAUGUGUAUAAUCACAUUACGUUUGUGAUGAGUGUAGCAGACUUGCUGUAGAUCAAUCUCAAAGUUUCAUUUACAUUUACAAUAUUAUUUUGUGUAUCACAGUUGAGUUUAAUCUUAGAAUAUAUAUAUUCAAUUUGG